CCCCGGAGCCGGCCUGCGGGAGGCGCGGCCGGGAGGAGGCUUGGGCCCGCGGGCCGGGAACAGCAGGGGAACGGCGGGCGGCCCGCGGGAGGGAGCCGAGGCCCGGGUCGGGCGCGGGAGGCGGCGCGAGCGGGGCGGGCGAACUCCGCGCGGUCUCCCCAUGGCGGGGAGCGGGCCGCCGCGGCGGCGACGCUGACCGGCCGGGGCGGGGCGGGGCGGGGGCCUGGGGCCGAGGGAAGAUGAGCGCUCUGCUAGAGCAGAAGGAACAGCAGGAGAGGCUGCGGGAGGCCGCGGCCUUGGGGGACAUUCGGGAGGUGCAGAAACUGGUGGAGAGCGGGGUGGAUGUGAACUCCCAAAAUGAGGUCAACGGCUGGACCUGUUUACACUGGGCAUGUAAACGCAAUCAUGGUCAAGUGGUCUCUUACUUGUUAAGAUCAGGAGCUGACAAAGAGAUUCUUACCACAAAGGGAGAAAUGCCAGUCCAAUUAACAUCGAGGAGGGAAAUCAGGAAGAUUAUGGGAGUGGAAGAUGAUGAUGAUGAUAGCGACAACCUCCCCCAGCUGAAGAAGGAGUCAGAACUGCCCUUUGUUCCCAACUAUUUGGCCAACCCAGCCUUCCCUUUUAUCUACACCCCUGCGGCAGAGGAUUCAGCUCAGCUGCAGAAUGGGGGCCCCUCCACACCUCCUGCAUCGCCCCCUGUGGAUGGCUCGCCUCCAUUGCUGCCCACUGGGGAACCUCCCCUGCUUGGGGCCUUUCCACGGGACCACACCUCACUGGCACUGGUUCAGAAUGGGGAUGUGUCUGCCCCCUCUGCCAUACUCAGAACACCAGAAAGCACAAAGCCGGGUCCUGUCUGUCAGCCACCAGUGAGUCAGAGUCGUUCCUUGUUCUCUUCUGUCCCGUCCAAGCCACCGGUGUCUCUGGAGCCUCAAAAUGGGGCGUAUGCAGGACCAGCGCCAGCAUUCCAGCCAUUUUUCUUCACCGGAGCAUUUCCAUUUAAUAUGCAAGAGCUGGUGCUCAAGGUGAGGAUUCAGAACCCAUCUCUUCGAGAAAAUGAUUUCAUUGAAAUUGAACUGGACCGACAGGAGCUCACCUACCAGGAAUUGCUCAGAGUGAGUUGCUGUGAGCUGGGUGUUAAUCCCGACCAAGUUGAGAAGAUCAGGAAGUUACCCAACACUCUGGUAAGAAAGGACAAAGAUGUUGCUCGACUCCAAGAUUUCCAAGAGCUGGAACUGGUUCUCAUGAUAAGUGAAAAUAACUUUCUGUUCCGAAAUGCUGCAUCCACACUGACUGACAGGCCUUGCUAUAACAGGAGAGCUUCCAAACUGACUUACUAAUGCAGCAGGGACUUUUAAUCACUGAGUAUUGUGAGUGUGCAUCACCUCUGGGCCAAGGACAAGCCAUUGAUCUACAUGCCUUGGAUGCCCAGGAGGGCCCCUGGUGCCACGGCAUAGUAUACACUAACAUCGUUCUGCCAAGGUAGGAAGCCCCUGACCCCCAAGCAGCGGUGCCACUCUUCCAAGUCUCUUGGUGCACAAUAAACCUAUUGCUUGAAGCUGUGAACAGCUGAGAAGUGGCCUGGAGAGGCAGAAACCGUCGGUUCUCUAUCCAGUAUGUUUUAUGUGCAGAAUGUUGAGAGAGCUGUCUGAGCAGACGCGGAGAGAGAGCAGAGCCUCCUUCCAGCCGGUCCUGUUGACAGUGCACCUGAAGGGCCAGGACGCGCUUCUCGAAGUGCUGCAUGUUCCCGACUCUCCUGAAACGUGAACUGUCUAGAGAGGAAACCUGGGGUCGGCGAGGUCCUGGGCUCGGGUAUUGUGGUGUGACUUGUGGCUGUGAGGUUUCACAUAACAUAUUUAUAAAUGUUACUCAGGUUAAAAGUAUUUAAGAAUAACAGUUACCUACUUGUAAAUAUGCUGUUAACCAAAAGAGCUUCCCCUCCCCCCCACCUUUCCUUUGUCCACACUCACGACUGCUUCUGUCUCUAGCCUGCCAUUGCCGUCAUCUCUGCAUCACAUCCCUUUCGUGGUCACUAGAGGGCUCUCUGAUGCUUUCUAAAAGAGCAACGUUUUUCUGGUUUUUUGGGUUUUUUUUUUUUUCCCUAAUCGAAGCGGUUCCUGUCUUCUCCGCGUCUGUGUUUAAUUGCACCGAAAGAGACGAGCACAAACAUUGCCAGUCCAUGUUCUCCACUUUCAUUUUCCACUAGAAAGGAAAAGCAAUUUUCCAGAUUGAAUCUGUGGCUAUUUUAAAGGUGACUGUGGGAAACUGCACUAAAGGAGGUAGCAUCUUUAUUUUUGUAUCAAAGAUAAAGCUUAUUUUGAGAUUAUUAGGAUUUUUACACAACUCUGAAAUCUGUUGCUUUUGUAAACAGGUUGUUUGAUCUUAGGGAUCCCCCACGACCACCACCAACCCACUUGACAAAGUCAGUUGAGCGUCUACCAGGCUUUGUUCUGGAAACAAACACCUGAUCCAACUCUUGAGCAUGGCAUGAGAAUUUUUUAAAAGAACGCAUUUAAGGAUUCUUUUCCUUUCCUUCAGUGUCAUUAAUGUGGAGAAGAAGAGCCACUGUCUUGUUGAAAUAAACAGCUUAACUUUAGAAAUAAGACCAAGCACACUCAGACCAACAGGAGAGCAGGGGUUUGAAGCCAGCUGUUGAAGGGCGUCCCUGCUGUCUUAAGAAGCUUUCUCCCCAUAGUGCCUAUAGUUUCCAAAGAAACUUAACUUCCUAACUGUGUUAAUUUUAUUGGAACACAGCAAUUGAGCGAGGGCAUGCAGCAGUUGUCAGUGCAAGAGAAUAUUGUGCUAAGAUAAUGGCCUCCUGCUGCUGCCUAAAUGGUGAGCUGAGGUUGAGGUGUUUUCAAGGCCAGCUUCACCGCGUGGAGUCACUCAGCUCGGUGACUUAAUUGUAUUACACCAAUUACUGAUGGUGAGUUACUCACCCUCGUGCAGAGUUGGCCUGGCAGUGUAAAGGUUACUUAUUACUCCCUUUCUCUGAAGUGCUUUGAAGAAGAAACUUCCCUUGUGUUUCAACCAGUCAGGAGCUGGUUUGUCUAGACAUGCUAAUCUUUUUUCCCUUAUCUUUGGAAAAAGAAAAAAAAAAGUUGCAAUUUACUGAUACAAUUAAGGCUAGUUUUAUCCUGGAAUACAUGAAUUCAGUAUUAAUUUCUGUCUCAACCCCUGGGGUUAGUACACUUCCAGCCAUCCAGAUCAAUUAGGGAUUCUCAGAAGCUGUGGAGGCCCCUGGCUGGGAGGUGGCCUACAGAGGAGCAGCUCCAGGGCAUUUCCCGGGCCUGGAACCUGGGCCGAGGGGGAGUCACAAGUGAGAGAUGGGCCUGCCCUGCCCUCUCUCCUCCCUUUUAAGGUCCUCUGUGGUCAGCUGACUCUUGAGUAAGGCAGUGGAAUUAGACUGCACAGUUGCUGGUAGGUGAGCUUAACGUCUUAAUCUAUGCAUUCAGAGAAAUAUUUUUAUAUGGUUUGUGUAAUUUAUAACAAGGAUUUUUUUUUUUUUUUAGCUUUGUUAACUGUGAAUUCACCCCUCUUCCUCCACUGCAUAUUUAAAGCAUGUGUUCACACUGUGUGUAAACAUUAACUGAAGAUUUUUCUCUUUGCGCAUCGCUGACUGUUCAAGGAUAAUAAGUAUUAUUAAAAUUAAAUAUUAACCGA